AAGCUCCAUGUCCUUCCUUCUUUCUCAAUUGAAUUUUGAUGAUAUAUUUAUUAGUAAUGAAGGACGUCUUGGAUCUCAAUGGCUUGUAAAAGGCAUUGGCCCAUUCCCAGUAUUCACUAUCGCAAAGGCUUACUUCGUAUUUUCCUGUUCACACGAGUGGAGACAUGAAUAUUCCAAAGUACGUUGUAGAGCGGUACAUUUUUUGCACCAUCGUUCCGAUUCAUUAAAUGUCAUGUAAACAAAUAUUCGUCAAAUUUCUAAAGAAACUCUUGAAACGAGAAAAGACAGCAGUAUCGAUAUAUAUUUGCAUUAAAUUAACUAGAUAUCAUCUUAGCUAUAUAUAAGAGGUUUGUAUAUUACGCAGGAGACUAUUAAGGAGAUACAAUUCACACCUACAACUUAAUAUAGACAACUGUCCAGAAAUCUCCGCUAAAACUUCUUGAUCCCUUGUAAUUCUAAGGAUAAGUGUGCAUGAAAAUUAGUUUUUGGCUUGUAAAACCUACCGUGGAUAUUUUGGCCGAUUUCACUUUUUACUAUUCGCGUUCUUUCUCAAGCAUCCAAGUCCUUCUGGUUCACCGUCAAUGCUCUCCUGUCCAUUUGAUUGUGAAUCUCAAGGGUAUCACCCUAUAGAAUUAAUUCAUCACCUGGAAACGGUUCAUGAAAUUCCCUUGUCUCCUUUAAGUCCGAAUGCUUUUUUAUGCGCUCCUGAAAUCCUCCACCAUUUAAAAACCGAUAGAGCUUUAACAUAUCAUCCAAAAGAACUCCUUGAAAUAUCACAAGCGGACGCCUUAAAACGAGUCCUAAAGGACCAACAAAUUGAAAGAGCAGUUGGAAAAGAAAAACAAUUUCAGUGCCUUUUUUGCGAUCCAAAGUAUUUAUUCACACGUGACGAGUGGUUUAAACAUAGUUUCGACGUUCAUGAACUCAACAUUGGAUUAUCGGAUAAUGUUGUUUAUUUUGACUUGUUUCUAAGCAAGAUGAAAAAAGUACUACAGAGAUUUUUCUGUCUUUUCUGUUCCUCAAGUUUUACAAACGCUGACACUCUUUAUGACCACAUGUACAAAAAGCGACAUUUCAGACUAAAUUCAAAGUCUUCCAAAUAUGAUGAACAUUACAUAGUAAACUAUGCUUCUAUUAUAAAGCCUUUUGCUUCUUGUAGUGCCAAUGGACCCCUGGCAGAUGAGAACGAUUCAGAAACUGUUUCUGAUAUAAAUGACGAAGACGCAGAACCACUUAUCGCUAAAUGUGUGUUCUGUGAAGAACGAUUAGAACCUGAGGAAUGCAUUCGACAUUGCAAAACAAUCCAUAACUGGGACCUUCCCUCCAUUCAGAAGCUGUACAAUUUGGACAUUUAUGAUACAAUUCGCUUUAUUAACUAUGCUAGAAUCACCCAGUCAAAAGAAAUCCCUAAUAAAAGUGAUCCUCUGUGGACUGAAUCGAAAUGGCUCAUUCCAGUCUUGGAAGAUGAUGCACUACUAAUCUUUCUUGAUGAUGCUGCAGACGAUACAUUUUGAUUUUCUAUAAAAAAAGUAGACUACAUUAUCUUCCCCUAUGCCUGUUCCAUAUCCCUAAGUACCUUUCUUAUUCCUUCUUUGAUACGUACAAGGCCGUGCAUAUAAAUACAACUCGUCCAGAGAUAAUGGGUAAACAAUAAAACUACUCGAAGCUGUACUUCUUGGAGUGGUUCUAACACCCUUAAGAGACUAUGUUACGUGCUUCAAAUUUUGCAAACUCAAGCUUUCUUUGGACCUGUACUUACUAUUAGACGAACAUAUAUACGGGUCUUUGAAGAAGUUUGAAUAUUUAUAUUAUCUAUUCGAUAAUGUUUGUGUAUGUAAGGUAAUAACUUAGAUGAUGUCGUCCAGCGUUACGAUGUACAUUAAGAAACCAAGACUAUUCAAAAUUAUUUUUAAUGAAUGCUUAAAGAUCUGUGACAUAUAUGUUGCAGUACCUCGAAGUACCUAUGAUUCAGCUUUUUCGCUUUGAUAUGCGACAAGUAUUACAUCCUUUUCGGUCAAAAAUCAGUUAAGUUUCUCUCAUUUUGGUUAAUUUAUCUUCAGAGAGUAACUGUUUUAAAGUAUCGAGCGUAAGAAUGUAUGUAUUGAGUAAAGUGUUUAAUCAUCACUACGUCUGGUUCCUUACAUGUUCCCACCUUGGU